AGGUUACAGUUACAGAAAGGGCUGGACAUGCUUUCGAGGCUAUGGCUUCUAUGUCAGACAAGGAGCUUAAUACAUAUGAUGGAAUCGUAGCUGUUGGUGGUGAUGGAUUUUUCAAUGAGAUUCUGAAUGGUAUUCUGUUGUCAAGACAUAAAGCUCCAUAUCCACCUUCCCCUCCAGAUGAUGAAUCAGAAAGUGAUGUAUUACCUCAUGAUCCAACGGCCACGAUUACAGAGCCUUCGGUUUCUAGGGAAGAUGAGUCUCCACUUCUCUCCAGUUCGCCACUCGGUGGAUCACAACCCGUGAAGAGUAUAAAUGAAGAUUCUGAAAUGUCUUUCCCAAAUGAGAGAUUUCGAUUUGGGCUUAUUCCUUCCGGUUCUACCGAUGCUAUUGUAAUAUGCACAACUGGAGUUCGGGAUCCGAUGACAUCAGCACUACAAAUAAUCUUGGGUAAACGGUUAUGUCUUGAUAUAGCUCAAGUAGUCAGAUGGGAAAAAUCACAAUCCGGAAAAGAUCCUCGUGUACGCUAUGCAGCUUCUUUUGCAGGUUAUGGAUUUUAUGGAGAUGUAAUUACAGAAAGCGAAAAAUAUCGCUGGAUGGGUCCAAAGCGAUAUGAUUAUGCAGGAACAAAAGUCUUCCUUAGGCACAGGUCAUAUGAGGCGAAAGUAGCAUAUAUGAAAGUAGAAGCAGAAAAAACAAAUGCGGGUGCGAAUGCAAGAAGGGUAAAGGCUUUUUGGGGUUUAUCUAAGGAGUCUGAAAGAGUGCCGUGUCGUGCCAAAUGUGACAUUUGUAAUACACCUGUCACCCCACAAAUGGAAACACGGGACCCACAAAAAGAAUCGAAUUGGGUGAGAGUUAAAGGAAGGUUUCUUAGCAUUGGGGCUGCUGUAAUCUCUUGCAGAAAUGAAAAAGCACCCGAUGGGUUGGUGGCUGAUGCACACCUUGCAGACGGUUUCCUGCAUCUUAUUUUGAUCAAAGAUUGUCCUCGUGCUUUCUAUUUAUGGCAUCUCACGCAGCUAGCAAGGAAAGGUGGAACACCACUGAAUUUUGAUUUUGUUGAACACCAUAAAACUACGACUUUCACAUUUACUUCUUCUGGGGAGGAGAGUGUGUGGAAUGUGGAUGGUGAGAUACUUCACGCACAAAAACUCUCUGCGCAAGUCUUUCGUGGUCUUAUUAGUUUGUUUGCUUCGGGCCCUGAAACAUAGGUUGAUCAGAUAGGAAAUGAUGGUUUUGCCCCUGAUUUAUCUAUACCCAUGUAUUUAUUUGUAAAUUCUUAUUAAAUGUAUAUACAUAGACUUUUUUUUUCACAAAAUUGUAGACAUUAUGAACAAUAGCGUG